GUGACGUCACAUCUAAUGUAACAAUCUUUCCCUUCGAAAUGGCAGAGCACGCGAGCUUUCGAAAUCUUCUACGAAAUGCGCCUGAAAAUGCAAAGAAAUUUCUUCAGAUGCAAUUUCAGAAAGUCUGGAACAUGUAUUCAAGUAUGUUGUUGGACGAUCCAGCAAUUUCAACCCGUUUGGAAGCGUUGUUUCGCGUUUCGUCCUAUGUCAUUCCAGGGCGGUUUGUCGCUUCGAAAGAGUUGGGUGAACUUCUAUACGGUCUUUCGAACUUGCUAGCCUUAUUACACGAUUAUAUAUUUCGCUGUAAUCUAAAGCUUCCCAGUUACCCCGGAGCCGAAGAUGAAAAACGGUUACUGAGGUAUCUUUCUGUGAUCGAAAGCGUUGAAGUUUUUCUGGAGAUGGCCGCACAAAGGUUAUGGGGUGAAAUUGGAAAAUGGCUAAUUGUGGUUGUCAUUCAGUUCAGUAAAGUUGCAUUCAGAUUGUUGCUACUAUGCAGAAACAGACCCAAGUUGCAAAAGUACCCCCUGAUACCAUUGCUCAACCGACAACUUGUUUUUCAAGCAAAGAAGAACAAGGAUAUACAGGAGAGAAAUGAGGCACAGAGCUCAAAACAAGAUGAAGAAAAUAUGAAUGAUAUGGAUGAAGAGCAUGUGUGGAAAGGAAAGCGAUCUGGACGAUUUGUGCGUUCUUUAUCAUCAACUCCACCUAAUGGGUUCAGAUCUUGGAAACUUCCAGAGUUCCCAACAACAACAGAAAACCCCACUAUACUUGAUAAAAAGCAAUUUUAUGCUGAACUUUUGUAUGUCAUUCGACCCUUACUUCAUCUGCCAAGUAUGUUUGUGUUUGGAGAGCAAUCUUGGAAGCCUUGGUUGUUUUCAUUGAUUGCAGACAUCACAAGCCUAUCACUUCACACUCAGUCAAACCCCAGGCUGACAGCAUUGGAAAAAACUGAGAUCUCUCGAAGACUUGUUAUCAUGUUGUUUUAUCUGCUGCGAUCACCAUUCUAUGAUCGGCACACCAAAGGAAAGAUCCUGAUGGUAUUAAAUGGCCUUGCCAAUAAUGUUCCAUUUGUGUCAGUUAUAAUUCGGCCAUUGUUAGAAUAUCUCCCAACAUGGCAGAGAACAUAUUUUUAUAACUGGUGUUCCUAGAUUUACUACUCAAAGACAAUAAGGGAAUAGUUGGGACAAAAUAAGGAAAUACAUUGAUUAAGACUUUGUAGAAAAACUGAUUGAUGCGAAUUCUUGUGUAAUUACUACCUAUCAUCUUAUAGUUUUUGUCUUUAAAUAGUAUAUAGUAAUCAUUGUACGUGCAUUAUUAUAAAAGCUGUUAUGCUAAGGCUUUUGUUUCAUUCUGUAAAUGAACAUUUUAACUGUGUAAAUUCAAAAAAAUAA